AUGGUCUUGUUAGAGAAUGAUGAAUUCUUGAUGGAGCUCUCGAAAUUAUUCCAAAAGGCUAGAGUAUCAGGAUCCGUGACGAUGACGAUGAAGAGAUAUGAUGGACGAACUAAGCCAGUACCACGAGAUGGAACUCCAGUUGUUAAAAAUCCGGAAUAUAAAUGUCUAGUGAGAGCUCAGUCAAGUAGCAGAAAAAUUUCAACAGUAAUAGAGCAAAGGGAUGUUGAAAAAUUCACUGAUGCUUACUCUAAUUUACUCAAAACUAGUGUGAAUGGGCUAAAACGGUUAAAGAAACCUAAAAAGAAGGCAAUGGCAGCUCAA